AUGUCUGACGGAACGUUCCAUAGGGCGGCGAGAGAUGGGUACCUGGAUCCCCUCCGCCGGGCCACCAGGAAGGAUCUAAACACGGCGGACGAGGACGGAAUGACACCGACCAUGUGGGCUGCCUCCUAUGGUAAUCUAGCUGCCCUCAGGAUGAUUGUUGGUCGAGGGGGUGACCCAGACAAGAUGGACCUGAUGGGAUUCACGUCUCUUCAUCACUCCUGCAAAAGUGGACACAUCAACGUUGCCUCCUUCCUGAUCAAUUAUGGUGCUAAUAUCUGGGCCAUGGACAACGAUUACAAAACAUCUCAGGAUAUAGCUUCUCUUUGGGACAAGACGGAGAUUAUUAAGUUACUGGACGAUGCUAAAUCACAACAACAGCAACUCAACCCAAGUGUUGUUAAAAAACUCUGUGCGAAAGCCUUCGAGGACGCGGAUAGAAACGGUAAGAGACAAGACAGACGUAACAAAGAAGCACAAAAAAUCGCAGAGAAGGAAGAUUCUAAACGCUUAAGACAAAUUGAUCAUGAUUUCAAGCCACCUUCCAAAAUGAAUGUGUUUAAGACAUUGACAAUGAAGCUCCGGUCUACUAAUCGCAAAUACAUAGGAAACGAUUGCACAAGCGUGCAAACAUUUUCUGACAUAGCGAUUGGUACGAAAUCGAGGGGGACAAAAAAGAAAAUUUUACAAAAACAAAACAUCGGUAUUGAUUCGCAGUCAGUGAUGGAUUUUAAAACUAGCGAGUUCGAUGGUGAAGGCAAUAGAACAUUGAGGUCUAUGAAAGGUACAAAUGGCUUCCGAAAGAACUCUGAUGUUAUGUAUCUUACUACCAAAGAGUCUGAUAAUGGUGUUACGGCUUCCGGAACCAGACCAGCUUUGGCAAACGUGUUUAGUCUUCCAAAACAAAACAAAUGGAAAAGUGAGUCCGAUCUCAUUGACUCUGGCACCGGCUCAAUUGAUUCAACAAACGUUAACGAAGAAGAUUCAGACAAUCCGGGAAUGUUUAGGAACGCCCUGGGAACCUUGUCCUUCUUACACACUCGUCAAGGCCUAACUGGAACUCUCAAUGGAUUCACAAAGGCUUCCUCGUACGACUUCCUGGACGAAAUUGAAAACGACAUAGACAUCGAAGACGAACGAUCAAAGGACAGCAACCGCAACAGCACAGGGACUGACAGCAUCGGUACGACGACGAGUUUAGAGGAACGUCUCCAAGGCCCGGUGCCAUGGAAGGACGAUGACGACCUUUUCAGUGACGACGACGAAGAAGAUGAAUCAGAGUUCUCUCCCUUAGUUCGGUUCUUGGAAUCUUGUGGACUGAGUAACUACACUUACAUUUUCACAAACGAGGACACGGAUUUAGAUGCUUUAAUGUUACUCACAGACGAUGAUUUCACCAGGUUAGGGCUACGACUUGGACCUCAGAGAAAACUCAAAGAAGCGAUUAAAAAGAGAAAAGAAGCACUUGAAAGUCCAUCUGUGUUGAUUGACAGUCAUCUGUAG